AUGAGCGACACUACAGUGCUCUGGCUUCAGCUCUUUAAGCGUAAUUCUGACAGGGCAAACGAUCAAUAUGCUGCAGUUGAGGAGUUGGGGGACUCUGCUGAUGUGGAAGUGGAUGUUGUAGUCACAAAUAUUAGCAAACUACGCAAAUAUCUCAUCAAUCAUGAACGCUUCAAGAAGUCAUUGGAUGGCAUCGAAGACCAUCAAUUGUAUGUAUAUAUAGAUGCAGAAUGCGAAACGCCGCUGAAACCAAGUACAUCAAUCACCCAAAUCGAAACAUCAGAUGACAAUCCAUUGAGAGUGGUGAGGCCCGCUCCACCUGUAAGUAGGAUGUCUUUUACGAUGGAAGAUCCUCCCCUACAGGCUAUGCAACUUCUCCAUACCAUACUCUGGAACAAAGAAAAAUCAAUGCGCAAUAGGCUAUAUACAACUGUAGUAUGCAAUGUCCCAACUCUGGCAACCAUGCAACAAGUUGGGGAGUUUGACACCGUCACGCCACUCUCUCCAUUGAGGUUUACUGUCAUCCAAUUGAAGGAUUUGAUGGAUACAUAUCGAUUGCAAGGCUUGCUACCUUCAUUCCCGCUGUUUGUUGACAGUUCUACAUCUAAGGUAGACAAACUACUUGUAAAUGAAGCGUACACCCGUCUGCACGACUUCUUGAAGAGCAUCUCUGCUGAGGGCACUGUCAAGGAAGCUAUGACGUCACGAGCUAUAAUAGGGAAUCCUGGCAUUGGAAAGUCACUCUUUUUGCUAUAUGAAUUGAUCGAACGAUUAUUGGUUGGUGCACCAACGGCACUCCAAAAUCACCGCUCGUUUUACUAUUAUUUUAGUGAAUCAGGGGUCGCCAAGCGUUUGUCUACCGAAUACUGUCCGUCUCGUAGUGCAAGCCCAACGUGGGCUUUGGUGGAUUCAAAUCAGGAAGUCGAUAGUCCAUGUGGUGGAUUCCUUGACAACAAACUAGUUUUGGUGCUUCAAGCAACUUCCCCGAAGGUCAAGCGCUAUAAAGAAUGGACGAAGCAAGCUCGUGCGCUCUAUUACUAUAUGAAUACUUGGACGUGGGAAGAAAUCGCUUAUUAUGGCUCUGAGGUACUCCACUUGGAUGUAAAUCGACUUUGGGAAGCUUGGAAUGAUUGGAACCCAUGUCCUCGAUAUUGCUUUAAUAUUGCGAAAUCCGAUAUGCUCAUGGAGCUGUAUCAAAACGAUGUGUUCAAAACUCUCCAGGAUACAAAAGAAAAUCUGUUUCACCUUCUUCUGAAUGGAAGUUCUGCCAAUCCGGAGCAAUCGUCAAGGCUAGUACUCAUCUCUGGAAAGAUUCCAUCUGCUGAACAAGAAAGUGCGAAUCUAGGCCGAGUCGGCUGUAAAGUAGACAUAAUAGGAAAACAAGUCAUCCGAAUGAUUGGUGUGGAAAUGGAAAAGCGCCCUGAUGUCGAUCGUAAAUAUUUUUACAACUUGUUGGGCAGUACCGCAGGUGAAGCAGCUGUGCGAGGAACGAUGCUGGAAGCCAGAAUGCACCAUCUUAUGUCCACGAAAGGGCCUCCACUCACUGCUACAUGUCUGACUGACAGACCAGAGUUACUUGUUGCACCAAGAGAGAAAGUCGUCAGCUUCAUGAAGACCGAUUUGUCAGCAAUGCUGAAGGACAACGAGUCUGGGUACUUCUGGCCAAUAGCAUCAAAUCAGGCCAGUUUUGAUGGAUUUAUAUGGGACAGGAAGACGAGCAUCAUUAUUCUAUUGCAGGCUACGGUUUCAGUUGUCCAUCCAAUAAAGCAAACCGGUCUCGACGAACUACGGAAAGCGUUUCGAGACGCUGGCUUGAGAAGACCUGAUUAUCCAUGGCCACUUGUAUUUUGUACCUCAAUCAAUGAACUUGGAAUUCAAACUACUCAGCAAGUCCUGGGAGUUUGGAAUACAAGACUUACUCAGUACACAUUGAAGAUACCUAUAUAA